GAAAAAGCAGUUUCAUUCUUCAUUUCUGCUACUUUUACACAUUCUCAAUCAUGAUUAUCCGUAACUACUACUUAACAUUACAUUUAUCUACUAUAAUCUCUCCUACCCCAUAUUUAUAACCAUUCUUUUUCUUCAUUUUUUCUUCAUUAGUCUCAAAUUUAGAGAAAAAUGGGGAAAACAGGAGGAAAGAAAUUACAAACAUUUUGUGUAAACAGAAUUAGGCCACUUGUAAAGGUUCCUAUACAGAAUAAAUUAGGUAGUAAUUCCCCAAUUUGUGCAAAUAAAAAAGAACAAGAACAUACUAAUAAUAAUCAUGAUCAUUUUGAAGAAAAUGAUGAGAAAAUGGAGGAAAAUUCAGAGAAAAUGAAAAAUGGGAUAAAUGAAGGGAGGAAAAUAAUGGUGGUUGUAGAUUCAAGUGCAGAAGCCAAAGUAGCACUUCAAUGGGCACUUACUCAUACUGUUCAAAGUCAAGACCUUAUCAUUCUUCUUUAUGUUGCUAAACUCACCACCAAGCAAGAAAAAGAAGAUGCGAGAAAGAAGAUGUCUCCAAAGGUUUAUGAAUUACUACACUCUUUGAAGAAGACAUGUCAAUCUAAGAGGCCAGAGGUAGAAGUGGAAGUAAAGAUGGCACAAGGGAAAGAAAAAGGUCCUACCAUUAUAGAAGAGGCAAGAAAAGAAGAAGCAUCCUUACUAGUAUUGGGGCAAAAGAAACGUUCAACAACAUGGAGAUUGUUACUAAUGUGGGCAGGGGCAAGUAACAAGAUGAUGCAGACAACUGGUGUUGGGGUUGUGGAGUAUUGUAUACAAAAUGCUACUUGUAUGGCACUUGCUGUUCGAAGGAAGAGUAAACGAGCUGCUGGUUAUUUGAUUACUACCAAGCGCCAUAAAGAUUUUUGGCUCUUAGCUUAGUUCUUUUCAUUCUACACUAUAUAAAUAAAUUGUUUUCAUUAUUUUAUCUUAUGUUAAUAUAUGUAAACACUCACAACACGUUUGGUGUGAAUAUUUUGAUCUUAGUUGGAGUA